ACCGUACAACUCCGAGAAGUUCGAUAUUCACAAAGAGCCGGAGCGAUUUGUCACAACGCUGGCGCAACAAUAGGCCGGUGGAUCACGGGAGACUAUGGCCUGGUGGUGCAAGUGUGAGGGACGCGAGAAUACGGGCCAGUGAUGAAGGCAGCGUCAACCAGCCGCCGAAGACGACGUGUCCGGGCUAUACGCGUCGGUUCAAACGUAUGGAGCUAGGUUUGGAAGGGACUGAUCCGUACCGCAAGGCAGUCGGGUCUUUGGCAAGGGGAGAGAGACAGUCAAAGUUUUCGCAGUUUCUACUCUACCACAAUUAUUCCAUUCACAUCAUCAUACGAAAAACGCAGCUUAUCACUCUUCCUAGUGAUUCUGAACCAUCAUCCACCCCGUCUGAGUGUGCCUACUACCACCACGAAUCCCAGGCUGAAGAGCCUAAACCCCUUUUGAAUGACGAUUUGAAGUCCCUUGGCUUGUCUUUUGCCAUUCAGCUGAAAUAUAUUCUCAGCUGAUGGCUGACUGACUGGCUUAUCAGCCACUCUGAUGAGGUGACGGGCCGCCACUUGAAGGUUGGGUGGUGUUGGCCCUUCUCGCCAUCACAUUU